CCCGUGCGUGUGGGAGGGAGCGAGCGAGCGAGGGAGAGACAAAAACUCCAUCAGCCCGGCCAAUGCCACCUCUCGUUUAAAGCUUCCAAACUGUUAGUCUUUCCCCCCAUUAUCACGGUACCAAGUAAGCUGUCUUUCCCCCACCCCGACCCCCCUCCCUCCUCUUGGAAGAUAUGGAAGAGAAAGAUAAAGCGGCUGCCUCCGGGCUCUGACGGCGCGCAGCCCGCAUGCCUCUGCCGCCACAGCCGGCGCGACUCCGCAGCCGCCGCUCGCAGCCAGCCGCUUGCAGCGGGAUGGGAUGCAACUUCUGCUAACUGGAUCCCAGGCUUAAGUGAUAAUUGGGUAUCUUGUUAGCAGAACAGAAAUGAAUAACUCAACGUACAUAAACUCCUCCACUGAAAAUGUGAUGGCUUUGGAGAGCCCCUAUAAAACUGUUGAGGUGGUCUUCAUCGUCCUGGUAGCAGGGUCUCUCAGUCUAGUCACCAUAAUUGGGAACAUCCUGGUCAUGGUGUCAAUCAAAGUCAACAGGCACCUACAGACUGUCAACAACUAUUUCCUGUUCAGCUUGGCCUGCGCUGACUUGAUCAUCGGCAUCUUUUCUAUGAACCUAUACACCCUCUACACUGUGAUAGGCUACUGGCCCUUAGGGCCUGUGGUGUGUGACCUCUGGCUGGCUCUUGACUAUGUAGUCAGCAAUGCCUCUGUAAUGAACCUCCUCAUUAUCAGCUUUGACAGAUACUUUUGUGUCACCAAACCUCUGACAUACCCUGUAAAGCGGACCACUAAGAUGGCAGGCAUGAUGAUCGCAGCUGCAUGGGUGCUGUCCUUCAUCCUGUGGGCCCCUGCAAUUCUCUUCUGGCAGUUCAUUGUCGGAGGAAGGACUGUGCCAGAUGGGGAUUGCUACAUCCAGUUUUUUUCCAAUGCUGCUGUCACUUUUGGCACUGCCAUUGCAGCCUUCUAUUUGCCUGUUAUCAUCAUGACUGUCCUUUACUGGCAAAUCUCUCAAGCCAGUAAGAGUCGGAUAAAGAAAGGGAAAAAGGAAGCUGCCCAAAACCAAGAUACAGUUUCCCCCAGCCUUGUCCAAAGUAAAAUAGUGAAACCAAACAAUAACAACAUCCCAACCAGUGGGGAUGGGUUGGAGCACAGCAAAAUUCAGAAUGGAAAAACCACGGGAGAGACUCUGAGAGAGAACUGUGUUCAAGGGGAGGAAAAGGAGAGCUCCAACGACUCCACCUCUGUCAGUGUGGUUGCUUCCAACAUGAAAGAGGAUGAAGCUGCCAAAGAUGCCAGCCAGGCUUCUGCCUCCCAAGACCUUCUCAAAGCAGAGAACUCCAAGCUGACAUGCAUCAGAAUAGUCACCAAGUCCCAAAAGGGUGACUGCUGUGCCCCCACCAACACUACUGUGGAGAUUGUAGGCACCAAUGGGGAAGAGAAGCAGAAUAGUGUAGCCCGAAAAAUUGUCAAGAUGACAAAGCAGCCAGCCAAAAAGAAACCACCUCCUUCUAGAGAGAAAAAAGUGACAAGGACUAUUUUGGCCAUCCUCCUGGCCUUCAUCAUCACCUGGACCCCAUAUAACGUGAUGGUGCUCAUCAACAGCUUCUGCACAUCCUGCAUCCCUGGCACUGUAUGGACCAUAGGUUAUUGGCUCUGUUAUAUCAACAGCACCAUCAACCCUGCUUGUUAUGCACUCUGCAAUGCUACUUUCAAGAAGACCUUUAAGCACCUUCUUAUGUGUCAUUACAAGAAUAUAGGAGCUACAAGGUAAAAAUAUUAAUAAAAAUCAUGAAAAGGGUAAAGAAGUUCCAAACUAAAUUAAAAAAAAUAUGCCAUAGCACUUUAUGCUCUUCUACAGAAUGUGAAAUCCAGGCUGUUAAUGGAAAUACUGACAUGGGGCAUCAGCUCCACCCCCAAGGACUACUAUAAGUAUAAACAUUUUUUUAAUUGUGGAAAAUAAAUCUUGAGGACAUAGGGAUGUUGGAGGAAUUAUUCAAGUAUGUGGACUGGAGGCACAGUUCCUUGCUCUCUGAGAGUAUUCUGCAGAAGGGCUUUAGAGUCUACGAUUUUUGGCCAUUCUGUGUAAAAUACUUGUUCCUCUUUUUCCUUUUUUCUUUUUUUUUCCUGUGUCUGUUUGAUAUGUCUUCAUAUAGGGAAAAGAAAAGGGAAUUUUAACCAUAACUGUGUGGAAGAAGCAUAGGAGUUUGGAAGAUUAUUGCAUAAUCGAACUGAAUCAUGAUAGAAGGUUUCUAAAGCUCAAAGUUGUCUAAAGCUUUUUUGUCACUGUCAUGUAAGAACCUUAAUGUUAGGUAAAUCAUGAUGACAGUUAUUUUACAUUGUUUAUGACACUACCAUUUCCAAAACUGCAUCAGUUCUGAAAGUGUACUUAUGCUCAACACAUAGCUAUUGCCUAACCUGUGUAUCAUUCAAAGUCUGCUGCUUGCUCCCUUCUAGAAGUCUUUGUUCCACGAUUCCUUCAUCAUGUCAAGAAAAAAGUGAAAAAAGGCAUUAUUUCCAGAUUACUACAUCCCAAGACUAUUUCAGCAUCCAUGUUAACCAAAGCUUUUGAGUCAAAUCUGUUCACUUCAUUUGUCAUAUAAAAUCCACCUGUGAAUUUGUCUUUUACCUCCAUCAGCCUUUUCUUCCCUUUUGUACCAGGGCACAAAGACUGAAUAUCAAAAGAAGUUGUAAAUUCAAAGGUCUCACCCAGUCAGCCACCAUGGUGGCUGGAGAGCCUCAGUUGAAGAAUAGAAAUAAGGUUAUUACUAGGAAAAUGGAGGUUACAUCCUUUUAAAGUUGGAUGCACAGGCAAAGACGUAUGCUGAGGCUCCACAGAAUGAAUAGUUGAUACUAGAUGAACAUGCUCUUGAACAGUCAAAAAAUGAUUCAUACUCAUUUAUUGAGGAAAAGCAUAAGAUGGACUGAUGUGCCUACAUGGAUCAAACUCUGCCUAAGCCGUUAUUGUGAAACCAGGGUUGUUCCUGGAUGUAUCCUGGACAAGAGGUUUACCUUAUGGAAAAGAUAUUGGCUAUUUUGCCUUUUGUACCAGCUGGGAGCAAUAUUUUGACUUUAAGCCAAGAGAUAAUGCUACUAAAAGGCAGAGAGGAAAACAGUGAUUACACAAAACCAGAUACUGAAAUAGUCUGGAUGGGGGGGUUGGCAGAGGUCAAGUUCAGAUAUUAUCUGCUACUCUGCACCAGCUCAAAUUCAGAUUCUUUCUGCCUGGCAAAGAAUUUACUCUUUCAAUAUUUGAUAUUUACUGUAGCACAACAGAGCACUGUGUGGACAGGACAAAAUGUAUCAGAUUACUGAAAAAAGCAAUUGUCUGUGAGUUAUGCAUAAUCUAGUUACUGUCUUUUUAGUAACUCUAACUUCCAGGCACUAGUGAAGGUAUACUUACAGAUCUUGUUACGCAAAAAAGUAGCGUGCUGCAUAGACAAUGUCCUGAGAGACUGUCUUCUGGAGUGAAAGCCACCUACCACAGAGGACACCAAAUCAUUCUGUUAUUUCAUACUACCACAUUAGUGUCUUCCAAAAUGUACUUCAAAACAGCAACUUUCAAUAAUACAGGGAAAUUAAUCUUGAAAACUUAAGUUUUACGUUUGACAAACUUAUUGGAACAGUGUCAAAGCACGUUGGCACUAUGACGAUUUUCAUGUUUUGAAGUAAAAGUUCUUAGCGGAAAGUGAACAUGAGGAGGAUUAAACUGCAGUAAAUUAAGGCCACAUUAAACUCAGGAUUAAUGUGUCUUAAUAUGCAUUCAUUGAUUUUAUACCCCUAGUGAUUUCAUCCUAAUAUAUCUAAGUGUCAUCAUACAGCCAAGGAUCUAACUUUCCAGCCCUCACUUGCCUUAAGUCAUAUUUACUAUCACUAUUUUCAUCUUCCUGCUUGUAAGGAAGAAUUGCUCAAUGAUAAGGCUUGCAAAACUGAGUGCUGCUUGUCUUUCAAAACUAUAUUCACUACGCUUAUCUUGACAGGUCAAGGAAAAUACUUACAUGAUCAUUUCUAGAUUAUUCAUUCGCUUACAAUGUCAAAAAAUCCAGAUAAAAACCAAAGAUGAAAGGAAAUCUGUUCAUUUUAUAAAUCUCACUUCUUUAGAAAAGUUUCAUAGAAGAAACACACCUGCUUCUUUCUUUCAGCAAGUGCUGUGGGUAUGAAUAGUACAGGUACUCAAACUGGGAAAUAAUGGUUUGUAUAUUCUUAUUUAACCUUUUAACUACGGUUUUCCAGCAGGUGUGCAAAUCCUUUAUUCUGACCUUUGAAGCUGUUUCAUAAAUUAUCACUUUUUCAUAGAUUUUGAAUUCCUCUAAUAGCUAAGUCAACUUCUACAGGGUAAGAAGUGCAAGAUAUAGAUUACAAUUAUACUUUUUUGUCAUGUGAUGUGAUGACACUCAAAAUACCAUGCAGAAAAGAAUAUUUUGGGGCCAGCCUUCAUGAAAUAAACAAAUAAAAAGAAAAACCUUAAGUUUGAAUCUUUCUAGCAAUUUUCCUAGCAGCGCCCCCACUUUUGAUCCAAAAAACCAAGAUGCUUUGGUUUGUUUUAGCGUAUAUUUAAAAGGCUUGCAGGACACACAAUCCUAUGUGUUUCCACCUUGUACCAGCUGAAUGAAGAAAUAUUUCCAUGCUACAUCCACAUUCACAGACAAUGAAACAAUGUAAAAAUAGAUGACAUAAUGUACCUAUGUGUGUAUACACAGGCACGCAAAUACACACUCCAACAUGGUUUAUAUACAUGGAAAAUAAUCGUCUAACAUUCAAGAUAUUGCAUGGGAUUGUGUCCGUGUUGCACUCAUUGGCAGCUGGUGGGAGGUGCAGAGCCAACAGUUGCUCAUGACACUGUCUACCCCCUCCCUGAGGCAGGGAGGAGGCAGAGUCUGCCCUGAGAUACUGGGAACCUCUCAGGUCUUCAGCUGGUUGUGGCUCAGUAAGACAAAAAGUAGGAUAAACUUUCAGAGCCAUAAAAUAAUUUGUUCUUUUGAACACCUUUUGAGCUCUCAUGUCUUUCCUUUGUGUCCCAAACCAUGUUCACCAGGUUUCACUUCUCUUCUGAGUGACAGUUCUGCAAGAUGCAGAUGUCGGUCUUGAAGAGCGACGCUCCCUGGGUACCUCCUCCGGCUUCCCUGGCUGUCACCUGCGCCCCGUCGCCCCCAAGGCCCCAGGUGGCCCUGCUGUUGGUGCUGCCACAUCUUCACCUUGGGCUUGGCCAGAGGAUCUCAGUGGCACAUCCACCCCAUGUGCUGCGCUGGCCACUUUUGUUUCACAUAGAAAUUUAACAAACUGCAGGUGACUGAUGAGGAAAAAAAAAACCAACACACAACACAGCAAAACAAAACAAAACAAAAAACCACAAACAACAAAAACCUGCAGUUAGCACUUCUUGCCCUCUCUUUUUCUUCCUAUUAAUUAUUUCCAGAAACAGGCUAAAACUGAAAAGACCCAACCAACCCUUGUUAGUAGCCCUGCUGCAGCAGGAUCUGUCACGUCAGCAGAUCUAUGGGGAGUGACUUGUGCUGUCACAGGCCAGCCCUACCUUCACUCUCCAGGGAGAGAACAACAGCCUGAAGAUAUGUCAAUCCAACUGGCACCUUUUCUGAGUAUUAAAGACAUCUGUGGUUAAAAAAUAAAAUUAAAAAAGAAAAACCCCAAAAAUAAUUAAAGAAAGAAAAAAGCUGAAGUUAAGAAAUUUGUUUUCCAGUGAGGACAAAACCUAAGAAAAAUUUCUGUCAGCCUUCUGUUUGGGACUUUAAGUUGAUUUACUAGGAAUCAUGAGGAUCCACUCAGAAGUAGUAAAGUGUUUGAAUAUUGCCUCAUAAAAUAUAGUCCAAAGCCAACAAACACAUCUAUAUAAGUCAAAUUUUCUUUGUUUCUCUCUUUUUUUUUUUUUUUCCCCUCACAAAUGCUUAUGGAUAUGGGAGUGUUCAAAUGGACACCAGGUAUCGGUUGUUUGGCACCCACAAAGCAUGAAGGGGACAAAAGCAAGUGCUAAAUCUGUCAGUCCUUUGUUUCAUUUUUUUCCUGUGGAGACAUACUGACAAGAGAAGGAGUCCUUACCGAGCAUGGCUGUGGUGAGAACAGCCCACACACUGGUGAGGAAACCCUCAGCCAUCCCAGCUGAGACAGGGGAGGAGGGGAUGAUAAUUUUUUUGUUUGUUUCAUCUCCUGAUGGAUUCAAACAUGUCCAUGUGUGUCUGCUUUGCAGUGGGACUUGCUAGUAAACUCACUGGCCCCUUCCCCAGUUUUUAUUAAUUUUGAUCCCUGUUUUCAUUUUUAUGGAUGCGAGAGCUGCCCCAGUGCUGCCUGUGGAUAUGGCUCCUGGUUUCUCCUGUGGUGUUGAAGUGGCACACUUUGAAUUUUUCACCUCAGCUGGCAGCACCCUUCCUUGCCACUUCUGUUACCCAAAACUGAUCCUGGUAACGACCUUGCAGGUACAAAUACUAAAUAGGUCACAUCCUCACAGCCAUCACACUGCAAAGCUGGCGUGAUGGAGCUGGGGGGACAGGAAGAGUGCUGCUUAUAUUUUUUUUCCUCCCUCCCCCUACAAUAAUUCCUGAAAAAUCUUUAUUUUCUGACAGAUCAGGAGGCUUCCUGUGAGAAGCUAAAUUGUUAGGAAAGCAAACCCUGGUCCUGUGGGUCGGAUGUGUUUGCUGACAGGUAGUGGGUUUGGAGUCUAAUAACCUUUGAUAUUUUUAACGAUCUCUUCCUAGAUGGCUCUAUACUCUCAGCUGACAGCAGUGCAAGUGGUAGAAAUUGAGAAGUUUAAAAGAAGUAAGCUUUUUUUUUCACCUCUGGGUCUACAGAUGUUUUAUACAGCAUGUGUAGAGACACUUGCUAGGAAUGUGAUUUCUAUACAGUAUCACUUUCAUUGUUCUUGUAUACCAUGAAAAGCUCUAGACUUUUAAGAAACUUUUUUUUUUUUUUUUUAAUUUAUAGAAGAUCUUUCCCUGAAGGAAGCUGAGAGAUGGUCCUUAAUUUGCUGCGGCUUCUUUUCUCAUUUCUGUGCCUGUCUUUCCUCUUUUGUCACAGUCUUGGCAAAAAGCUUUCCUCCUUCCUCACUUUAACAAGUCUGUUGCCUGUGUUUCAGCUAUAGGUGUGCAGUUUCUCUUGCCUUUCAGGCACUGUGAAUGCUGGUAUUCAAACUCUUUAACCCCACCAAAAUACUGCCUUCCCUAGCAUGCAAAUUCCGCUCCACUGAAGCCCAAACUACUGUGUGAAGUGAGAAGUUCCAUAAAUCCUUUCCUCAUGGAUUUUAAAUUCGAAGUUAAAAAACCCCUUGUGUGAAACAAAGCCAAAUUAAUUCUCUUCUUCCCUAGUUUUGCCAUCUCCAUGUUAGAAACAGUGGUGGAUAAUGGCAAAGGGUGAAUGUUCCUGUAGUGGAAUAUCAUGCAGAGAUGUGCAUGGAUUCAUUUUAUGCCCUGUGCAAUGGUAAGGUAGCCCUCCCUUCCCUUGAAUCCCCUUUCAUUCCUGUGCUUACUAGCAGAGUAUUGACUAAGAAACCAAGCCUAAGAAUAUAAUUAUAGCAAGGCUGAGUUGGACAUGAAUCAUUUACCACAACCAAUGCAAUUAUUUCUCCUAUACAUUUACUUCCCUCCCUUUGCUAUGGCCUCUUUUGCUACACUGUGGAACUACUUGGUUACAUGAGUGUAUUAGUCCUCCCAGCCUCAUAUUUCAGGAUACUGGGUAGAUCCGUUAUACAUAUUUCAUUCUGGUAUCAACCAAAUAAAAGGAAAAAAUUCUGGUGUCUUUUUGCCUUCCAAAGUUCUGCAUAACCUGGUAAGUGCCAUUAGGUAACUACUCUUUUUCAUCUUUUUAUAGUGAGUUGCUUUUUUUUUUUUUUUUUGACUGUAUUUGCCAAGAAGCACACAGAAACUGUUUUCUUUGAGAUGCCCCAAAGUGCUCUGACUCUCUGGGAGAAGUGGCUGUGGGUGGUACAUGAGGCAAUGUGAUCACAGUCCAUAUUACAGUGGCCUUCAGAAGGAAGGAUUUCACUGAGUGUUUAACAUUUGGACUGUCUUACCUGACAGCACUGAUGAAAGCACAGGGGGACAAGCUUAACGUGCCCUAACAACAGACAGGUCAUGGUUGGAUGGCUUUUCUGCUCCCCCCAGCUCAUGUAGGCUGUGGAGGGGAGUCGGGGGAGAUUUCUGCCCCCACUGGGAUUCCAGCUCUACACCUCUACCCCAAAGACAGCCCUUCUCUGAAGCACAUCAUGGUAGUAGUGUUAGUAAUAGUAAUAAAAACACUGGUGAGAGUGCCAUGGUUGCCAAUAAACAGACUUUCUUAUAUCUUAUCCCUUAAUUCUGGUGCCACUUUGCAGAGGUGGUUGGUAAGUUAGAGACUAGCAGUUUGUAAAUACCUUUAGAUAGUGUGUUUUAACAUGACCAACACCAUAUCUCGACUGUGUAAAAAAAAAAAAAAAAAUUAUGUGUAAUAUUAUCCAGAUAAGGUUAUAAUGUAAAUAUAUCUACAAUGAAUGUCCAAUUACUCUUCAAGUUCUAUGUACGAGGAAGAACCUCAUCUCUUCUUGAGACUUUUUUAACUUAAGGGUAUGGAAAACCUGUUAUUCAUUUGUAUAAAAAACCCAACUGCAUUCUUUUCUUCAAAAGAAAAUACUACUGCGAGGAGGAAGGGAAUGCAUUACAUGUAUGUGAUAUCCAAAAUCAUACAGUAAGACUGGGAACUGAGGAUCUUACAAAUCGGGGACUGGUCAAAUUCUUGAUGCCGUACAUUUGAUCUCAUAUAAGUAAGAUAAGCACAAGUUUAUGGUUAGCUGUGUAAAGCUGACCCACUUGAUUAUAUAUACAUUAUAGAUAUAUAUUUAUAUAUGCUGUAUAGAUAUAUACACAACAGUCAUACAGUGAAAAUAAAGUUUGAUAAAGUGAUAUUAACUGGGAAUUUGGUUGUAAUGUUGUGCUCUAUUUGGAAGAAAAAUGUCUGUGUUAUUCAGCAACAUUCAAAUAUGUUAUGUACAAUGAAGGAAGGAAGAAGGUGCUUCACCAAAACAACUCAUGAAGGACUGAGAUGAUGAGGGUUUGAAAUAUCUUGAAGACACAACUAAAAUAACAUGCAAUAUAUGUGUAUGUACUUCUGCUGAGUUGUAUUCCUAGUUAAAGCAUUGCAUUAAACAGCAAAUUAUAACAAUAAUAAAAAUGGUUUUGUAUGUGGUAA